AUGUUUGUCAGAGCUCUUCGCCAACCUAUGGCCCUCCGUGCCAUUGCUCGUACCUAUGCUACCAAGGCCUCGACUGCUCCCCCUGUGCAAUUGUUCGGUAUCGACGGUUCCUACGCAUCUGCUCUUUAUACUGCUUCCGCCAAGGACUCUACAAUUGAGGCUACUGAGAAGGGUCUUACUUCCUUAAAGUCUUUGAUUUCUGAGGACGCCAAGCUCGCUACUAUCAUUGCCAACCCUGCUUUAUCUGCAUCUGACAAGAAGACUGUUGUCGAAGCUAUCUCUCAAUCCGCUGGUUUGGACAAGACUGUCAGCAACUUUUUGUCUGUCUUGGCUGAUAACAACCGUCUUUCUCUUCUCCCUGAGGUUAUUACCAAAUUCGAGGUUCUUUCAAAUGCCCACCAAGGAUUUGUUGAUGCCACUGUUACCUCUGCUAGCCCUCUUGAUGACAAGACCCUUGGUCGUCUUAAGGCUGCCAUCUCUCAAUCCGAGUUUGUUGGUGAGGGUAAGAAGCUACGUAUCACCAACGACGUUAAGUCUGAAAUUUUGGGAGGUCUUGUUGUCGAGAUUGGUGACCGUACUGUUGACUUGAGUGUCUCGGCUAAGAUUGCUCGUCUCAACAAGCUUUUGACUGACUCUGUCUAA